ACUUCUUUACACGCCCACUCAAACGAAAACCGACUCAUGGGCUUGAAGUUUGCACAGGCCCGACAUACCAUGUGCUUGAAAGACAACAAUUAAUAUUAGGGGUCGUGAGGACUUGAACACGUGACCUCAAGGACAAACCAGCUCUUAUACCAUAUAGGAGUUUUAAGAAUAGUAACUUGUAUUAUUAUGAAACCACAAAGGGGUUUAUAUAGAUUACAAGACUUGGACAAUAAGUAAGAGAACCACAAUACUAGAAGGAAACGAAAAUACUAAGAACUAUAAUAGAAGGACAAGGAAAUAUAAGAUUAUUCCUAAUCUAUUUCUAACAAUGAAAAGCUUGUUACUAGAACUAGAUGCUGCGACUAGGAGAUGGACAAGUGAAGAUUGUAUCUUAUCUAGAGGUGACGAUUCCCAAUUCAAUCCAUCAAUCCAAUCUAAUUCAUUUAUUUCGAUAUUCAAUUAAUUCAAUCCAUUUAAAUCCAAUUCAUUUAAUCCAAAUCCAAUUGGAUUGGUGGAUUCAUGGAUUAUUGACAAAUUACAAUUUAGUACCUAUAUUUUUUAUAGUUUACAAUCGGUACUUAAAAUGUCAUUGAAAAAUACAUUUUGGUGCCUAAUUUUUAUUAUUAUGACAUUUUAGUACCCAAACUAUUCAAAAGUUACAUAUUGAUCCAAGGCUUGUAUGUCAUUUGGAUUCAUGGAUCAAUCCACCAAUACAUUUGAUCCAUGUAGAAGGACAUCUAACUUUUGAUCUCCCUGCAUUCCUUUUGGUUGAUGACUUGAAUUGUGAUAUUCAAAUUUUAUAAAAUUUCGGGAAAAGAGAAUAGUGGAUUCUUUGUCUGCGAAGAAGAAAAGAGAGGGGUUCAGUUCAUCCGAUUUAUCCAGCCACCAACCAAGCUUUUUUCCUCUCUUAAUUGAGCCACUCCACUUCUGUCAUCGGAUCAGCAGCCCAACAAUCCAUUGAAUCGGGGGUAUGUUGAUGCUUUCCCGUUCAGCAUAGUAACUCGAUUGACACCAACUGCGACGGAGUAAGCGAUUAGAGUAAAACUACCUAUAUAAGCAUAGACAAAGCAACUAGUUAAACCAACACAACGUAAAUCUUAUGCUGUUGUGUGUUGUCAAAACGUUAAUAUCAUCAUUACACAAAACAAAAGUGUUUGGCUAUCGUUUGUUUCUCACCAAUUUCGUUAAUAACACGGAAAACUAAUUAUAGUUAAACGAAGUCGCUCACCAGCUUAAUCAAAGUUCAGAUGGAAAAUUCAAAAGGCCCGACAAAAACGUCGUCGUAACAACGAAGGCAGCCCAGCGUCAAAAAACAAUUAUAUUAUAAAAUAAAACUCCCGCCAAGCCAAGCCAAGCCAAUAACCCACACUCAUCCACGUGUCAACGCAAAGGCCCCACCGGCGGAAAAUCGAACCACGGCACAAAAAAAGAUACGAUCCGCUUUUCCUCCUCUCUCACCGCGCUGUUUUAUAACGUCAUUUCUCACCGCCACCGCGCGCCACCGCACUCUAUAAUUACGCCACCACCACUCCCUCCCGCCUUUUAAGUUUCUCUUUCCACUGUCUCUCUCUCUCUCUCUGGCUUUCGUCUUGCUUUCCUCUCUCCGUUUCCUCCGCAAUUCCGGUGUUCCUUCUCCGCCGGCUAGGAGCAUGCCGAUUAAUUCCGUCGGAGAGCUCUGAUUCUUUCCUUCCCCGGCUGGCUCGCUUCGAUUCGUUUCGGAAUCGGAAAAGUCCGAUUCCAGUGAGUUCGGAUCUGGUGAUACAGCGAUGUCCAGUCCGUUGGAGCGCCUCGCCGGGCCCUGCUUCGAUGGAACGUCGGGGAACGACGAUAGGAGAGAGUGGAGAUCGGACUGGGAGAACUCGGAGGAGGAGAGGAAGACGAGGAUGGGGAGUUUGAAGAAGAAGGCGAUCAAGGCGUCGAGCAAAUUCAGGCAUUCUCUCAAGAAGAAGAAGAAGAGCAAUAAGAAAGGGCGCCACCAUGGCGAAGAAGGAGGCGCUUCCUACUCCGACGCUGCGAUUCUCGCCGCCGAUGAUUUGCUUCCUGCUAAGCUCGACGAUUACCAUACGUUGCUCAGAUUUCUUAAAGCAAGGAAGUUUGAUGUUGAGAAAGCAAAGCAAAUGUGGAGCAAUAUGAUACAGUGGAGGAAAGAGUUCGGCACUGACACUAUUAUAGAGGAUUUUGAGUACAACGAAUUGGACCAAGUAUUGGAGUACUAUCCACAGGGUUACCAUGGAGUGGACAAGGAUGGGAGACCUAUUUACAUUGAGAGGCUAGGAAAAGUUGAACCCAGUAAACUAAUGGAGGUCACCAGUCUAGAACGAUAUGUGAGAUACCAUGUGAUGGAGUUUGAGAAGACUUUAAAAAUCAAAUUUCCAGCCUGCUCGGUUGCUGCAAAGAGGCGCAUUCAGUCAAGCACAGCUAUCUUGGAUGUCCAAGGGGUGGGUUUGAAAAACCUAACUAAGCCUGCUCGAGAGCUAAUCAUGCAGCUGCAAAAGAUUGAUGGUGAUAACUACCCUGAGACUCUUGAGAGGAUGUUUGUUAUCAAUGCUGGUCCUGGUUUUAAGCUACUCUGGAACACAGUCAAGUCUUUCCUUGAUCCUGAUACAGUGUCCAAGAUUCAUGUUCUUGGUUACAAGUACCAGAGCAAAUUACUUGAAAUCGUAGACCCAAGUCAAUUACCCGAUUUUUUGGGCGGUACUUGUACUUGUGCUGAUGAAGGAGGUUGCUUAAGAUCAGGAAAGGGACCAUGGAAAGACCCCGACUUCCUUAAGAUGGUUGUAAAUGGGGAUGCAUCAAAUAUCAGACAAGUAUUAACAAUUUUGGAUAGUAACGGCAAGGUGAUUGCUCGAGAAAAGCAAUGUUAUUCAUCGAUGAAGAUGAAGAAGAGUGAUACUUCCGCUGGUGAGUCAGGGUCUGAAGUUGAAGAUAUCUUCUCUCCAAAUCAAACUAAUAAGAAGCAGUUGCUUCCACGGUUGACACCAGUCCGUGAAGAAGCGAGAGAUGGUGGCAAGGUGAGCACCGCUGUUGGUAUCACUGAGUUCGAUGAAUAUGUGCCCAUGGUAGACAAGACUGUAGAUUCAGAAUGCGAGAGACAAUUGUCUUCAUCAGAACAAGACAUAUCAUCGGCAGCUGAAAGGAGAGAGAAAGGUCCAGGAAUCUUGGAUCGAAUCUGGGUUGUGCUCGUCGCGUUAUUCAUAACUCUCCUUGCUUUCCUUCAUUUCCCGACAUAUCCAUCGAAGAACAGUGGCGGCUUUGUGUCCGAUGCUGAAUCUUCAGUUCCUACCCUCGUGUCGGCGGUGUGGAGAAAGCUGGCUGAACUCGAGCAGAAGGUCGAAAUACUGCAGUCGAAACCUCUUCAAAUGCCGUGCGAGAAAGAGGAGCUGUUGAAUGCUGCUGUCUGUCGCGUGGAUGGACUUGAAGCAGAGCUGAUCGCUACCAAAAAGGCUUUGCAUGAAGCUCUAAUCAGGCAAGACGAACUUCUCGCCUACGUCGAUAAUCUCGAACAAGCGAAGUUCAAGAGGAGGAAGUUUUGCUUUUGAAGAGGAAGAGAAAUCAUUGUACAGAAGGAAGAGAGCCUCAAUCACACAAGUACAGUUACCACACGUAUAAUAUAUUCACCAUUAUGUAAAAGAGAAUCCGCCGAGUGUAAUAAACUUUGUAAAGAACAUUGCCCUUUCAGAGCCUUUUUUCUCACUAAAAAAAUGCUCCUUCCUAGAUCCUGAAUGAAAGAAAACCAAAAUUUGAUCUUUAAAACCUACACAAGAGCAGAGUAUUCACCAUCGCAUAGAGUCUCUACUCGUAAGUCGUAACCAUUAUACUGGAAGGUAUCCCAAGUGUUCUUCCUCUCCACAGGUCGUUCUUCAGGAAAAAGCAAUCCAUUCUCCUCCACCGCCGCCGGCGAUUGUUGAAUAGUAAUUCAAGCUAGUCAGAGAUGACCGUUGCUCAAUCACAGCAGCUCCAAAAGGAAAGUAUAUCUUGUCCAUCAAGGUUUCCUUAUUUGAUUGCAACGGCUAGGAGUCUUCGUCUAUAUAUUGCCAAGUUUCGAUCUUGAAGCUCACUUUUGUGGGAGCUAUUGUGGUAAAGGGCAUAGCACUGGAUUACAAAAGGGAUUGACGAAAGGUAGAGGAAAAGGUUCACCUUUCGUCAAGGCUGGUACAGAUCAGAGCUUGAUCUGGGUUUUCUUUCUUCUUCAUUUAGAUUGGUUCUUUUGCUCUUAUUUUGUCCUUUUGAUUUCUAAAUAAUCUCAGUAAUAAAAGGUUUCCCAGACC